CCUCCACCUCCACCCCGCCGGCUGGCUCAGUCCCUCCUCAUCACUCCUGUGACGCACGACAGCAGGCAUUUUUUUCGUGAGGGGGACGCGUGGAAAAGAAAGCGAGGCAGCUUGCGGUUGGGGGGGCAAAUGAAACUAAAUAAAAGCCACCGAGCAAUUCUGUCUACAUUCCUGCUGCCCAUUGCUCCAACCGUCAAGAGGACGCGGUCCUGAGGAGAGUAUUGUCACCCGGCUGCGCAGUCGUUGUGCGCGCGGGGCGGCGGCGGAGGAGGAGGAGGAGGAGGAAGAAGAAGAAGAAGCAGGACGGGCAGGAGUCGAGGACUUGCAUUUUAAGCACACACCGGAGAGUUGGAAGAAGGGGAGAGUGUCAGAGUCACCGGAGAGCGAGGGAGAGAUUUCACAUUCCUCUCACGUCUUCAUCUCUCCUCUUCCUCCUCAGCCACGGGGAAGGAGAUGGAGCGGGAGAUGGGGAAGGAAGCGAGAGACAACUCAAGUCUUGCUCCCCUUUUUGCUUUCAUUCUCGCUCUUAUUUCUCCCAAAUGCUUCGCAGCUGCGGCGCACAUCUGAGCCCAGCAUCGGACAGUGAGCAGGACGUUGCGGGCCAGAACAGAACACGCCGCAGGAGGAUGAAGAAGUGGGAAUCCCUCUAAACUAAUGCUGUGAAGUGGCUCUCUUCCUGGAGCCCAGACUUCACCCACUUGGUGUCAGCGAGGAUGCUGUGGGUUACCUUGCUGAGCACCAUAGCCUUAGGAUGGACCACCCCGAUCCCAUUACUGGAGGACUCGGAGGAGAUCGAUGAGCCGUGCUUCGAGCCCUGCUACUGCGAGGUCAAAGAGGGCAUUUUUCUCGUGCACUGUGACAGCAAAGGAUUUACAAACGUGAGCCAGGUUGCUCAGAUAUGGAGCCGGCCGUUCAAACUCAACCUGCAGAGAAACUCCAUGAGGAAGCUGUACUUUAACGGCUUUCUCCAUCUCAACAAUGCCAUAUCUAUCAAUCUCGGUAAUAACGCCUUGCAAGAUAUCCACGCGGGAGCGUUCAACGGCUUGGGAAUACUCAAACGGCUUUUCUUGCACGAGAACAAACUGGAGAUUUUCCGGAAUGACACGUUCCUCGGACUGGAGAGUUUAGAGUAUCUCCAGGCAGACUACAAUGUUAUCAAAAGGAUUGAAAGUGGUGCAUUCAGGCACUUACACAAAUUGAGAGUGCUUAUACUAAAUGACAAUCUGAUUCCCGUGCUCCCCAAUUAUCUGUUCCGCUCUGUUUCACUCACACACUUGGACCUUCGGGGGAACCGGCUAAAGACGAUGCCCUACAAGGGCACAUUGGAGUACGUUGGGCGGAAUUUGAUGGAAAUUCAGCUGGAAGAGAACCCUUGGAACUGCGUGUGUGAGAUUGUCCAACUCAAGACUUGGCUAGAGAGGAUUCCUUAUACCGCCCUGGUCGGCGAGAUAACGUGUGAAUACCCGUUCCAUUUACAUGGGAAAGACUUGCGGGAAAUCAAGCGCAGCGAGCUUUGUCCUUUGCUCUCCGAUUCCGAGAUUGAGGCCAAACUUGGAAUUCCCCGCAUCCCGUUCAACAGCGACAACACGUGGCCUACCAAACCGUCCUCCAUGCUCUCGUCCUUUCACAACACGGCAUCCUCCGCGGCGAAGCCCACGAAACGACCUCGACCCACCAAGAACGCCCCAACACCUCGCAGCGUUUACCCGGGCAUCAACCAACCCCCGAUCGCCGGCUAUCAGACGAGACCUCCGAUCCCCAUCAUUUGUCCCGCAGGAUGUAUUUGCAACCUUCACAUUAAUGACUUGGGCCUGACGGUGAACUGUAAGGAGAAAGGCUUUCACAACAUCUCAGACCUUCUGCCACGGCCCCUCAAUGCCAAGAAAUUAUAUCUCAGCGGUAACCUCAUCCAGAAAAUCUACCGUUCAGAUUUCUGGAACUUCUCAAGUUUGGAUUUACUGCAUUUGGGCAACAACCGGAUAUCUUACGUGCAGGAGGGCGCUUUCAUCAACCUGCCAAACUUAAAAAGUUUAUAUCUGAAUGGCAAUGACAUUGAAAGGCUCACCCCCGGAAUGUUUCGAGGACUUCAGAUGUUGACUCUGCUCUAUUUCGAGUACAACGUCAUACGUGAGAUACAGCCCAACUCCUUCUCCCUGAUGCCCAAUCUGCAACUGGCUUUUCUCAAUGACAAUUUGCUGCGCUCCCUCCCCGAUGACGUCUUUGCCGGCACCAACCUCGCUCGCCUCAACCUUCGCAACAAUUACUUCCUAACCCUGCCUGUCCGCGGAGUCCUGGAGCACCUCACCUCGAUUGUCCAGAUUGAUCUCCAUCAGAACCCCUGGGAGUGCUCGUGCGAUAUCAUCCCCCUCAAACAAUGGCUGGAAAAGCUCUCCUCGGUCAUCGUGGUUGGAGACGUCAUCUGCAAGACGCCAGAGUUUGCCUUUGGGAAGGAUUUGCGCUCACUCGAGGUUGAAGUCCUUUGUCCCAAACUUAAGCAUUUCUCAGGCCCGUUGCCGGCUCGGCCCGCUGGGGACGACCUCACCGCCGGCAGCGCGGGAAUGGGGGAGGCGGGUGGAAGAGACGCAGUUCCGCUGUCCGUCCUCAUCCUGAGCCUCCUCAUCCUCUUCAUCUCUGCUGUGUUUGUCGCAGCCGGGCUGUUCGCCUUCGUUCUGCGCCGGAGGAAGAAACUGCCCUUCAGGAAGCGCUCGGAGGUGGAUCUCACGGGGAUCCAGAUGCAGUGCAGGAUCUUUGAAGACGCACCCAGGCAGAGUAGCGCCGUCAAUACAAGCACACUGGAGAAGCCAACCUCCAGCUUGCACGCUCACACUCAUCCCAGCCACACACAUUCCCAUGGCCAUGUUUAUGAUUACAUCCCCCACCCCGUGACUCAGAUGUGCAACAACCCCAUUUAUAAGCCCCGGGAGGGGGAGAUAGCUGCAACAUCGGAUGACGACAGAGGGCAGUUUUCAGCCAAGAGAGACAAUGGAAGCAGCAGUAGCAGCAACAGCUACAGAACCGUGUUCGAGAAAGAAAGAGAGUGGAGCCUCUCCGUCUCCAACUCCCAACUCAACACGAUCGUCGCUGUCAACCACACCACAGCCGACUUUGCGGGACUCCACGAGAACGGCGGGCUCUGCCCGACUGUGAUCGACAGUCAGAGGCCCACACCGACCGUCGCUUUUGUGGACUGCGUUUAUGGGACUGCCCCCAAACUAAAGAACAUGCACGUGGCACAUGCUCACCCACCUGGCAUGCAGUACCCAGAUUUGCAACAGGACGCUCGGCUGAAGGAGACUUUGCUUUUCACGGCGGGGAAAGGCUGCUACCCUGAACCGUCCCAAAGCGAUUACCCGGAGUUAAGGGCCAAACUUCAAACCAAGCCGGAUUACCUCGAACUGUUGGAAAAAUCGUAUCGGUUUUAACAUUUGUAGCCCGGUGGAGAAAGGCAUCAAUGACGUUGUCAGUUUGCUAUCCUUAAAACACAACCGCCCGAAACCAAUAUUAAAAUCAAGUCAUUCUGGACAGCAUGAGAUGAAUUGAAAAUAGAUUGCCGUGCCGCCCAAAUCGAGAUGGAGGAAAGGCUGUUCUCAGAUAUUUCCAUCAAGUGCCUUUUUUUCAGAGUAGCCAGCAAUGUCAGCAUCUGUUAUUUUUUAUAAUAUAGAUAUCACUACUUGCUGAGAAGAGUGUAUUACAGGAGGUAAGAGAUGCAUUGGGGAAUUAAAAAUAUAUAUAUACACCACAAUCCUGACAUACAAUAAGAUCCUUUGUUUCUGGAAUUCCCAUGACACACGGGAGCAGGACGUCUCUCUGAAUUGGUGGGUUAUUCUCUGCCUCUUCUACCCCUCACUAGGAUCGACAAAAACCCCGGAGGCCGUGCACAUUAAGGCGAUGGGAAAUCAUUGAAAGAAGGAUAAAACAAAUAUGAAUUUGAACUGCCGCAUUGCCGCAUGCACUCGGUGCAGUGCAGGAAGAUGAGGGUUGGCGGUGGUGUCGGGUGGGGGGGUUGCAGGGGGCGGUUGCAGUUCAUCACAUUGUGAACAAAGAUACUGCAACGCAUUACAGUUGAGUGUUCUAUUUAAUUUUGAUAUCCUAUGACUAUGUUUGUGACUAUUAAUUAGGACAUUUGUCUUGAUCGGGGUGCUUCUCAUAAAGGGACGCGCCGGUGGUGAUGAAACAUUUGUGAAUAUUAUCAGACAACGCUCAAGGUUUUAUGGAUAUUUCCAUGCACUUUGUUUAGGGCCCCACGCUCCACGCAAUUGCCUCUGGACCCCGCCCCCUCCUCCCCCGCCCUCGCCCCACCAUCGCCCACUAACAGCUUUGUCUGACGCACUUUUCAUGUUUUCUCUCUCACACAAAGAUUUGAAGAAAAAUGUGCAUAUAUUUAUUCUGUAAUUUCAGUGACAACUUUAAUUGUAAAGGUAAUGUUAAAUCAAUGUACAGUGAUUAUGCGUCUGGUAUAGCCUUCUUAAAUAAAAAGAAACUCUUAAAACAGAUGUCACAUCAA